UCUCUCUCUCUCUCUCUCUCUCUCUCUCUCUCAUAUCCCGUUUUUCUCUCAUUGAUGUGUGCGCAUUCACGUAUCUAAUAAAUUCUAUCAUUCUCAUCUCUGCUAAAUUUUCUCGUUAAUCUCUCUAUUAAUCUCUUCUCCCUCUGCAAAAGAAAGCGCCUGUGCUCAAAUCCUGCUUUUCCCUUUGAAUUUAUCUGAGAGAUUUAUCCUAACCAAUAUUUCAUUCUUGGGUUUUACUCGUAGUACAGGAUUCCUCGAUUUCACCAAGUUCCUUUCGAUUUUCUCUCACUAAUCCAUACAUUCUCCACCGAUUUCCUUUUGAUUUUAUUUAUUUCUUUCUGAGUUCUUCGAUUUUCAGUCCGGGAGUUCUAGGGAUUUCUUGGUUGUGCAUGGCAGUGAGCUUGUCACAGCAUGAGGUAUCCGACCUCUGUCUCGGAAGGCCACCCCUGAAGUGGCUCCCUGAAUCUGCCACAGUAGGCGAUGCUCUCUCCCAACUCAGGGCAAACACCGUGAGCGAAAAUUGCAUUGUGGUUUGGAGUUGCGAUCCCGCGAUCAGUUCUCCCUUUGAUUAUGAGGAAUGUGUCUGCUUGGGCACUGUUUGCAUGGUAGAUAUAAUCUGUUUCCUGGUGCGAGAGGAGAACCUUGCCCGGCCCGAUCAGGCUCUUCAUUCGCCUGUUUCGGUGUUGUUGCCGAAGGUCCCCGGACUUGUAAGGCUUGUUCAGCCUAAUUACAGCUUAUCAAAGGCUCUAGAGAUACUGGUAGUUGAAGGUGCCGAGAUCCUGAUAGUUCCCAUCGGAAACACCCGGAAAGCCAUGAAAAAGCCUGCCACUCGGCGCGAAUUCUGCUGCCUAACCCGUGAAGACUUGGUCCGAUAUUUCCUCAACUCUGUCGGCCUCUUCUCGCCUCUCCCUGCCUGCUCGAUCUCUGAGCUAAAGCUGAUACGCACAGAUUACCCUUCUCUCAACCACACCGCCCCAUCAUCAAAAGCCAUUACUGCGCUCCUCCGCCAUGUCCCAGUGGCCGUCACCGCCGGUGGAGACACCCUCAUUGGCGAGAUCUCCCCCGAGGCCCUCGCGCUUUGUGAGGAAGCAGCUGCCCCAGCGCUUGCUACUCUGUAUGCUGGAGAUUUGCUUGCAUUCCUUGAUUCCAAUGCCCCCACGCCCUUCAUUUCCCAUAUUCGAGAUAUGUGUCCUGUCGCCUUGGAUGCAUGGAGCCACGACCUCACACUGUCAAUGCUCACGGCUUCUUCCGAGGACUCGUCGGAGGCAUCAGACGAGGAGUUCACCGCAGGCUCACCAACAGGGCCAUUGCCGCCCCCUGCACCUCCAGUUCUGGCGAGGGCACGCAGAUCUGGGAGCUUCUCAACAUCCCGUGGGCGGCGGGCAGAAGCGGUGGUUUGCCGGGCUUGGAGCUCACUGGUGGCAGUCAUGGUGCAGGCUCUCGCGCACCGGGCAACACACGUCUGGGUUUGUGAGGACGAGGAGUGCUCACUGGUUGGCGUGGUCACUUUUAGGGACAUUCUGGGUGCCUUUUGGGAUCAUAUCAAUGCACCCGCCGUGGCUUAGGACCUGGCCUUUGGCUUACCUGGGUCUAGCCAGGGUCCCUUCAUCCGGGUCAGUUCGGAGAAUUUUUAAUAAGAAAAGUUUAAAAAAUAUGAAUGAAAAGAUAGAGGCUUGGGUGACUAUGGUGUUUUGUUUACUCGAACCGUUUGGUUUGGCUCGGCGAUUUUUUAAACAUUGGUUUGGAGUGAGGAUUUGUGUGCUUGGUCCGGCUACACCAGAUUUUACACAUUGGUUUGGGGUGAGGAUUUGUGUGUGGCCCCUCUUGAAUGGAAUUUAUUUGCCGGGAUAUUAAAUUAGUUUCAUUAAAAAAUGAGAUUAAGAAAAAGA